AUGAUGGGAACAGCACAGGAGGCUGAGUUUGCCUUUAAUUAUUCAGUCAAGCGACUUCUACAGUUCAGAUCAAGCUUGGAAGAAAAUGAACUUGCCAGAGAUCACAUGCAGAAGCGUACCAAACUACGUACAGACAAGUCAUGUGAUGUAGCUGCAGCGUCAAUUGAGUUAGUUGUAGUAAUUGUUGACCUGAAGAACGAGAGGAAUGAGGAUAAUGUCGGGGAUGUCCUGUAUGAUGAAGCUGUUGACCUGGCUUCACAGAUUAAUGAGAAAGGAGCUACAAAGUUUGAAGUUGUGGCCUCUGCUAAGUAUCAAGAACCAGACUCCUUACCGUCAAGCCCAGCAUCAGUCAAGAGUCGAAGUCGUGGGGAAUCUGUGUCAGAUGACGACUCUUGUGCUGAAAAGUACCCAGGUUGUCUGGUUGACUCAGAACGAGGUAAAAUCCCCACCUCUGCCUCGGUGGCAUCCUUUGACUCCUUCAGACCAGGCAGCACAUGGUCACUGGUUGGGGACUGGGACCACCUGAGCUUGAAAUCCUGUGUUGACAUUGCAUCCCGAAGCUUCUCGUCAGACAUCCCAGUUAUGGAACCAGCGUUUGAUCAGUUUUGCCCAAACCCUGUUACUCUCUAUCAAGACAUUACUAAGCAUCAAUUGCAUAUCAAUGUACCUGGGUUUGAUGAGCUCACAGUGUUUGUUGGCACGAGAUCACGGAGCCGUAUCUUCCAGCUGAGUCCACCACGGAAUGACAGAAGAUAUCACAUCAUCGUCACUGUUGAGGUUGACCACCUCACUACAAAGGUUACAGUCAGAAGUCCAUUACAGAUCCUCAAUGACAUGCCUUUGCCCAUCAAUAUUUGCUUCAAGAAGAGUGUGAUAGAGAUGCUCGGGUCGUCUCUGGGAGAACUACACGCAAGAGUGGUGUCUCCAGUGAACCCCUUUGAGGCUCACAUACCUAUGGUCACCCUUCAACCUGACCAAGUUUUCACCGUGCCAAUUACCAUUGCAUAUCACUCCACACUCCACAUCCAACCUGCUGCUUUUGAUUAUGGCAUCAGUUCGGCAGGAGUUUGGUGGAAGGACGUAUUGUCAUCCACGUGUUCUUAUUUACUCACCUGUAAACCUAAGUCGGAGCACGACCCCAACAUUGCUGCUGCUGUGACAAUUCAGGAAGGCUUCAAGUUAAGUUCUCUCCAGUGGGAAGGUUUGGGUGGAAUUCUUCCCAACUACACACUGCGUCUAUCACCGCCCCUCACCCUCCACAACCACCUUCCAUGUACCUUAAUUGUUACAAAUCCAGUUCUUGCUCAACCCCUCACCCUUGACCCAGGUGCUCCUACCACUCUGUAUAAAGUCAAUCUGGAGGAGAAAGUCAGCUUACAGGUUCAGGUGUGCAAUUACUUAGGCAGUGAUUGGGAAGGCUCUCUAGAAAUAGGUGCAGAGAAAGGUGAUGAUCAUCGAACACUUACAUUAAGUCAUGGAGAUGGCAAUGCCCGCAGAAAACUUGAAGUGGCACUCUACACUGUCAGAGAAGGUUCAAUCUCUGUUUAUGUCUAUGCUCCAUACUGGAUUGUCAACAAGACGGGACUUCCGCUGCGUAUUCGAGGAUCGAGAUCAAAAGUUAUUUAUGAUCUGAAUGGGUCAGAGGACAUUGUUUUAUUCCGGUAUAAGAGAAACUACCCACAUAAACUUAAGAUCAGAGUCAUCGAGAGUAACUGGUCUCGACGAUGGAGCUGUGAAGCAGUUGGCUCCUGUGGGGUUGUUGUCUGUACUGACAGUCUCCGUGGCAAGAAAUACAGACUCUUAGCUAAAGUGAAACAGUCGACCCUCACAGCACAAGCACCAAAUGAGGGAAGUCAAGGGAAAAACCGUGGUAAACUUCACCUGACCAAAAUAGUGACACUGAUGCCUUACUUUUUGAUACGUAACCUGACCGCCCGACCUCUCAAGUUUAUGCAAGAGAACGACAAAGUGGAACUGUGGUAUGAUAUCCACCCCCAGCAGUGUAUGUCAUUUUGGCCAGACAGUGAAAACAUGCACAUGGUCGUUCGUUACCGGGACCAGCAAGUGAGAUCCCAACAUUUCCACUUUAAUUCCAACCACUCAACUGUUGUUCGGAUGGAAAAGGGGAGAGCACUGAAUGCCAGUGUGGCAGGGGUGGGGUCUGACCAUCCAGUGACAAUCACCUUUGAUAGAUACCAGGCUGGUGAUGCACCAGUUAGAAUUGAGAACUGGUGUGAGGACGUACACCUUCGCCUUCACCAAAAAGGCUCUAACCAGACUCAUCUCCUUGCACCACACCAGUCACAGUUGUACACGUGGGAUGACCCGACACUGCCUCAUGAGCUGCUGUGGAAUAUCUACAACAGAAAGAACGAAGACAUAGUCGCUGUUAUUGAUAAGGAUGACCACGGGAGUAAAUGCGUCACCGUCACGUCACUUAAGCCUGGCAUUGUGCGAACGAAAUCCCAGUCCAGCGUCGGCACUCCUAAAACUAGACCCAAGAGACUCGGUCAGCGUCAGCGGGCUAAGACCACAGUAUCGGCUUCUUCAACAGACUCCGACGAUGAGACCGACAGUGCCACUGAUAAAGGCCACAACCAGCUCCUAGUUCCUGACCACAAGUCCCAGCUUGGCAGGACACGGAGAGACAAGAUGCUGGUCCACUGGGUGAGCUACAAGCAGGGGAGUCAGCGAGUGUUGCUCUUUACUCAAUCUGACCAUCUGGCUGCCACCACCCGCCUCCCCAUGGAGAGAGCCACUAUUGAGCUAUGCCUUGCUAUGGAGAAGAUUGGCUUAUCUCUUAUCAAUGAUGGACAUCGAGAAGUAGCGUACAUGAGCUUAAUGCCUGAAGCAGCAAAGUGGGAGCUGGAAGUUGAUGGAGUAUGGAAAGUUCCUCCCAGUUUAGAACUUAUAGCUUGGUUAGAAGACCAGUACUUACAUAACAAACACUCCAAGGUUAACCUCAAAGGCUCACUACAAAUCAAAAAGAAAGAAAUUAAGGCGGAGGUGGACCUAUCAAAGAUGUACAUGACGCGGCCCUUCAGUGGUAAGCUCCGGCGGUCAAAACGGCCCGCACUAUGGCUCCACUACAGACACUCGCACCAUUAUACCUACGCUUCCACUCAGAUCCAUCGCAUACAGGUUGAUAACCAGCUAAUGGAUGCAGUAUUCCCCACAGUCUUUUACCCAACCAACGAAAAUGGAUCUAACCAGCCUUGUGUCUCAUCAUGUCUGCUCCUUCAUUCUGCUGCAGGACAACUCACAACCAUAAAGCAUUUUAGCUUUGUAGCGCAAGAGUUUUUCUUAAAACUUGACAAGGGUUUCUUGUUGUCCACCUACGAUGUCCUGGAACCUCUUCUGCCCAGCCUUCACUCCAGCAAUAUUCACACAGAACUGAAGAAACUUAGGACACCUGUCACCUUUUCUGCCAUGAAGAACCAACAGACCAACGAUGAAGGUCCCCUUGUGGAACGAGUCUGUGUUGCAGGUCUCCAAGUGAGAAUAUCUUUUUCACCAAGAGGCACAGUCCUAGGAAACCAAAGCAACCAGAAUGAUGUGUUGGAGUGGUUCCUGACAUCACUGGGAGCAACACUGACUGAGAUGAAGAAUGUGUCUAUCAGAGUUGGACAUUAUGAGAGACAGUCCAUCCCUUGGGACAAGUUGGUGCUGGACUUCCUAGACCAUGCCAAGUAUCAGCUCGUACAACAGGUGUAUGUAUUGGUGCUUGGGCUAGACAUCCUGGGUAACCCAUAUCAGAGGCUGCGUGACCUCUCGCAGGGCGUCAAAGACCUAAUAUACCAGCCAGCCUUGGGAAUCAUAGAAGGACCUGAUGAAUUCGCGGAAGGAAUUGCUCGUGGUGCACAAAGUUUGAUGGGACAUGUGGUGGGUGGCACUGCUGACAGUCUCAGCCUCAUCUCUUCAGCUCUUGGGAACACCAUUGCUGUGCUCUCUUUUGACCAAGAGUAUAGAAAGAAGCGUGAGCAGAGGCUGGAGAAGCAGAGUUCAUUUCCUCGUACGCUUGUCCGGGCUGGCCACACCUUCGUCAUGGGUGUUGUUCUGGGUGUUUCAGGUGUAGUUGUCAAACCAAUAGCAGUUUCAGGGAGUAGGCUACCAGGUGCUCAGCAAGACGGAGUUGAAGGCUUUUUCAGAGGUCUUGGUCGAGGCAUUAUGGGUCUUAUUACAAAGCCAACGCUUGGGGUCAUUGACUCUGUGGCAAUGGCUUGUGACGGCAUCAGGCGUUCAAUUGACCUUGGACAUGACGUUAUUAUGAGAUCCCGGGUACCUCGCCAUGUAUCUCCAUACAUCGCAAUGCGUCCAUAUGACAGCCAUGAAGCUGCCGGCAUGUUACUUCUAGCAUCUCUUAGUCAUGGCCGUUAUAUACAAACUGACUGGUAUAUUACCCAUGCCACUCUCUCUGAAUCAGACCGACCUGAUAUUAUUUUGAUAUCAGACAAACACAUCUUCAAGCUGGAGCGCUGCAGUAUAUGGGGCGGCUGGGACAUCAGCUGGAAGGUUGCGGUGAGGAACCUUCUGCAUCAGCCAGAAUUAAAAGAUCAAUCUAUAUUAUUGGUGCUCAGACAGGAUGAAAGCCAUAGUCAGUUGUCAGGAUCCGAACAUGAAAUCAAGAGUAACGACACUGAUGUGUUACUAUUCCUGGUACGCUGGAUAGAAGUCUUGACAACACUACACAUGGUGGACCAGCCUUGCCCAGCAAAGCAGUGAAUAUGUUACACACUGUUUUACCAUUUUUUUAUUAACAAGUUUAGGAGGGAAGGAAUGUAAUGUUAACAGUAGAAUUUUGAAGUACUGUUGUAGUGUAUUAAUUAACUAACCAGUAUAUGUACAGUACAUUUUUAGCCAGAGUAAAAUAUCCUUGCAGAAUACUGUAUACAGUCAUCCCUUGGUUAUAGUGCACUUGGUUAUCACAAUUUUUGUUAUCAAGCCUCCAUCAAAAUCUGCACACCUGCUGUUAUAGCGCAUUUCUCAGGCCGAGAAUUUAGUUAUCACACAGUUGCCUCCAGGUGUAUUGUUACCCCCUUGCUUCACCUACAUCUAUUGAGGAUAAAAUCUUUCACCUACAAAUUGACAAUAACACAUUUGCUGGAUGAAAAUGGGUGGAGGUAACAAAACUUGAAAGCAGUUGUACAAACACAAGCACUCACACAUGCCACUCAUACUAACAGACUUGACACUCACUUACUUGACAAGUUUUACCAACCAUAAAGACAGUUGAAGCUUUCAACAUUACUCACA